CCAUACAUAAAGGUGGAUCGUCGCGGUUGCGACACAGUCUUCGCGCGGAUAUCAUUGAUCGUCGUUGUUCCGAGUGUCAUUGCCACGAUGAUCGCGUAUGGAAUAAUGUUUUUGCUUGCGGUAUUUUGCAACGUAAACGGCGAAGACGCGUAUUUGCCAUCGUACAUCAAACAAUGCAGCUACAACGACCCCGACUUCGCGGCGUGCGUGCGGCAGCAGGUGGUGCAGUCACUGCCGCAGUUCACCAAGGGCAUCCCGGAGCUGGGGGUGCCUUCCAUAGACCCCAUCGACCUGGACGACAUCAUCAUAGACGGGAACGGGCUGAAGCUGUCCUUAAAGAAGGCGCAGAUGCAUGGUCUUAGCACCGUCCAAGUAACAGAUCUAAAAGUAAACUUGAAGGACGAGAGUUUUACCUUGAAAUUUAUUGCCAAUAUGAGUGUCUCAGGCGUAUACAAUAUCGAUGGGCGCAUCCUAGUGCUGCCCAUAAAGGGAGAUGGUGACUGCUUGAUUUUAGUGGAUAACACUGAAGUAGAAAUAAGCAGCAAGUUGACUCCUGUAAAGGGCAAGAACGGGGAACACUUGAAACUGGUCACUCCGAACUAUAAGUACCAGAUAGAGAAGACCACCUUCCAAUUCAAGAACCUGUUUAACGGCAACAAGGAAUUAUCGGACACCAUGCAUCAGUUUGCGAACGCGAACUGGAAGCAGCUCAUGGACGACCUUGCCCCGCCGGUCAUCAAGCAAAUCGUUCGUACGGGCGUCAAGGCCAUCAACAAAUUCUUCAGUAAAGUCACCGUUCAACAACUAAUUGAGGAUUACCCGCAUAAUUAAUUGAUUAGGUAUAAGGCCUGACCAGAUCCGUCCGAUCUUUCGUCAGAUCUGUCUUUGUUGACGACACUGAGUAAAAUAAGGGUAAUAGAAGUAAAGUCUAACGGAUAUGUGACAAAUCGUAUCUUAGUCCAACAUUUUAGUUAUUAUUUUUAAUCUAUGUGACGCCAUAAUGUACCGAAUAUUUACGGCUAAAACUGUUGCUUCAUACAUUUUGAUGCCUAGUGAUUAGACACGGAAGUUUUUCUAUGGAUGUGAUAUUUCUAUUGCUAUUUAGGUAGAGGCAUAGAGAAAUAAGUACUUUUGCUUGGAGUGCUCACUCACUCCAUCAUAGGUAAACAUCCAUUUAUAAUAAGUUUUAAGCGAGCUUUUCAAAAAAAUAUUGCUAGUAAGAUUUAAGGUAAUAAGUAUUACAUUUUAAGCGAGAUUUAAACUUAUCAAUAAUACGUUUUACCAUACUUCCCAUACACCUUAUUAUUGAUUAAAUAAGAAAACUGAUUUACGGAGUGAGCACUCUAAGCUUUCUUAUUUCUAUAUGGUACAGUUACCCCCGUAGUAAAAAUAAACAGAUAUUUGUUCUUGAGUAA